AUGCCGUUCGUGGAGGCACUGUCGAAGAUGCCCAAGUAUGCCAAGUUCAUGAAAGACCUCAUCACCAACAAGAAGAAACUUGGGGAUCUUUCGACAGUGAUGCUAAGCGAGGAGUGUUCUGCUAUCCUGCAGAACAAGCUGCCUGAGAAGCGCAAAGACCCAGGGAGUUUCACUAUCCCUAUUGUUAUUGGCAGCAUGCAUGUAGGAAAGUCCUUGGCGGACCUAGGCGCUAGCAUAAAUGUCAUGCCUUACAAAUUGUUUAAAAAGGUAGACCUAAGUGAACCUAGAGCUAUUAGGAUGAGCAUUCAGUUAGCUGAUCGUUCCAUCGUGCAUCCUAGGGGUAUCAUUGAGGAUCUGCUUGUUAAUGUCGGUGCAUUCACAUAUCUUGUUGACUUUGUUAUUUUGGAUAUAAAUGAGGAUGUGGAUGUGCCUUUGAUUUUGGGUAGACCAUUUCUCGCCACCGCCAAGGCGCUUAUUGAUGUGCAUUGUGGUAAAUUGAUCCUGCGUGCUGGUGAUGAACAGGCUACUUUUUCUGUGUCUGAAAAUGGGAAACACUCUCAUUUGCAUGAUGACAUAGAUUACUGUGAUGUGCUUACUGAUUUUGAGACCGCACUCGCCAUAACGAGUGCAGGUACUGACGAUGCUCUUGAGCGUUGUAUUUUUCUAGGUAAGCAGGCAUCACAGGAGCCGCAGCUGGCGGAGCAGUUGGCCGCAUUGGAGAGUGGCCCAUUCUUGGAGGGUGACAGGCUGUUCAAACCGAUCUCAUCCUCCACUCGCAUCACUACCUCCUUGGAGGAACCACCAGAGCUGGAGCUUAAGCCCCUCACUCCUCAUUUGGAGUAUGCAUUUCUCCGGGAGGGGAAUAAGCUGCCAGUCAUCAUCAGCUCGACCCUCACACCCGAGCAGGAGAACAUAUUGGUGGCCUUGCUGAAGCAGUACGAGCGAGCUCUAGCGUGGAAGAUCACAGACAUCCGGGGGAUCAGCCCCUCCUUUUGCUCCCACCGGAUACUGCUAGAGGAUGAGAUGCGGCCAGUGCGACAGCCGCAGAGAAGAUUGACACCGAACCUGGAGGCAGUGGUUCGGGCAGAGAUCGUGAAGCUGAUGAAUGCGGGGAUCAUCUUCGCCAUUUUCGACAGCGAGUGGGUCAGUCCCACCCAGGUGGUACCCAAAAAGGGUGGGAUGACAGUGGUGCCUAACGAGAAGAAUGAGCUCAUCCCGAUGCGCACGGUGACUGGGUACCAUGUUUGCAUUGAUUAUCGGCGUCUCAACGACGCCACUCGGAAGGACCACUUCCCGCUGCCGUUCAUUGACCAGAUGCUGGAGCGAUUGGCGGGGCAUGAGUUCUAUUGUUUCCAGGAUGGGAUGUCCGGGUACUUCCAGAUCCCUAUUGCACCGGAGGACCAGGCGAAGACCACUUUCACCUGCCCCUUCGGCACAUUUGCCUACCGGAGGAUCCCAUUCGGGCUAUGCAAUGCCCCGGCCACUUUUCAGCGAUGCAUGCUUGCCAUCUUUGACCGUCUGGUCGGCGAGAUUAUGGAGGUGUUUAUUGACGAUUUCUCGGUUUAUGGAGACUCAUUCUCUCACUGUCUCCAUAACCUGGAGCUUGUCCUUAAACAGUGUGAAGAAACGAACCUGGCACUGAGUUGGGAGAAGUGUCACUUCAUGGUUCGGGAAGGCAUCGUUCUUGGGCAUAAGAUCUCCAAGAUGGGGAUUGAGGUGGACAGAGCGAAGAUCGAGACUAUCAGCAAGCUGCCUCCCCCUACAUCUGUUAAGGGAAUCCGGAGUUUUUUAGGUCAUGCAGGGUUCUACAGGCGGUUCAUCAAGGAUUUCUCGAAGAUCGCCCUGCCCCUGACUAAGGUUCUAGAGAAGGAUGCCCCCUUCCAGUUCACUGAUGCAUGCAUAGCGGCGUUUACAACCUUGAAGGAGAAGCUCACCCAAGCUCGUAUCGUGGUUGUUCCUGACUGGUCCCUACCAUUUGAGCUGAUGUGCGACGUCAGUGACUUUGCUGUUGGAGCUGUCUUGGGGCAGAGGCGAGAUCAACACUUUCGACCUAUCUACUACGCCUCGAAGACCCUCAAUGAUGCCUAG